AUGUCCGACGGUCACUUUGAAUACCAGCAAAAGAACAUGCCCUUCCGCCUGCUCGGAUCCAGUGGCCUGCGUGUUCCUGUAUUCGCCCUUGGUGGUUGGCUAACAUUUGGCGGCACCGUCAACGGCGACCCUGUCAAGGAUAUCGUCCGCACUGCGCUCGAGAGUGGCAUCAACAUGUUCGACGAGGCCGAGAACUACACCGGCGGCGAGUCUGAGAAGGAGAUCGGUCGCGUCUUGCAGGAGCUGAAGGUUCGCCGCAGCGACAUCAUCCUCACGUCGAAGGUCUUCUUCGGCACACGUAAGGGCCCGAACGACACAGGCCUCAGUCGCAAGCAUAUAAUUGAAGGUGUCCGCGACUCGCUUGCCCGCUUGAGGACGGACUACCUCGACAUCAUCUUCGCUCAUCGUCCCGAUUCUACCGUCCCUAUGCUGGAGACUGUCCGCGCGUUUUCUUGGGUCAUCGACCAAGGCAUGGCGUUCUACUGGGGUACAAGCGAAUGGAGCGCGAAGGAGUUCGAGGAGGCCUGCCUUAUUGCCGAGAAGUACAACUUGCACGCACCGGUAGUCGAGCAGUGUAUGCACAACAUCUUCCACCGCGAGCGCCCGGAGAAGGAAUACGCCCCUCUCUACGAGCGCUUCAAUGUUGGCACGACGGUCUACUCUGCCCUCGCCGGCGGUAUGCUCACCGGCAAGUACAACGAUGGUAUCCCGGAGAACUCGCGUUUCCACACGAACAAGCAUCUGCCGCGUUUCGCUAAGCAGCAGCAGUUCCUCCAGUCGGAGGAGGGUCAACGCCAGAUCUCUGUUGUCCGUGCUCUCACGAAGAUCGCUGAGGAGGAGCUCGGAUGCACAAUGGGACAGCUUGCUCUUGCAUGGGUCAUUCGCAACCCCAACACCAGCAGUGUCAUCCUCGGUGCUACGAGCGACGCCCAGAUUCACGACAACUUGAAGGCGCUCGAGGUGAUGCCUAAGCUCACGCCGGAGAUCCUUGCCCGCAUCGACGAGAUCGCCGGCAACAAGCCUUCGACUUCGUCGGCAACUGGUCGCCCGGCCUUGUGCUCCUUCGGGCGCACCUCCUUCUGA